UGAGUGUAUAGACUCACGUCUCAAGGAGAGCAUAUUAGGGCAAUGAGACACUUCGCAGCUUCUGCUAAUGACUCUGUCUUCGGCUUUUGCUCAAUGCUUCGUAAGUUUCACAUAAGUACCAAACUAUGGAGAAGGAGUUGCACUACCCAUGCCAUUUGCCAUGCUACAAAGUCAAAGGAAGAACUGUUGGUGGUUGUUGGGGGUGGGGCAGCUGGGGUGUAUGGAGCAAUUCAUGCCAAGACUGUGGCACCCCAUCUUAGCGUCGUAGUUAUUGAGAAGGGAAAGCCUCUCUCCAAGGUGAAAGUUUCUGGAGGAGGACGGUGCAAUGUGACUAAUGGGCAUUGUGUUGACAAUAUGAUUUUGGCAGAAAACUAUCCGAGAGGUCACAAGGAACUGAGAGGGUCUUUUUUUAAUAUACAUGGUCCAGCGGAUACAAUGUCAUGGUUUGCCUCUCAUGGAGUGGAGCUGAAGGUUGAGGAUGAUGGCAGGGUAUUUCCUGUCAGCAACAGCUCUUCUUCUAUAAUUGAUUGUCUCAUGUCCGAGGUGAAGCAAAGGGGAGUUUCUCUGCAGACCAGAAAAGCUGUAGCAGCAAUAUCAAUUUUAUCUGGUGGCAAAUUCCUUCUCGAGAUUCAGCAGCACACAUCUGUUCAUGUUGAACGUGUUGAAGCUGAUUAUCUAUUGAUUGCUAGUGGUAGUAGUCGUCAGGGUUAUACUCUUGCAUCUCAGCUUGGUCAUUCAAUUGUAGAUCCAGUGCCAAGCUUGUUUACUUUCAAAAUAGAAGAUUUGUGUUUGCGGGAGUUGUCUGGGGUUACAUUCCCUAAAGUUAAAGUGAGGCUAAAAUUGGAUAGUGUCCAAAAGAAUAUACCUAAGCUUACACAGGUUGGUCCCAUGUUAGUUACACAUUGGGGGCUCAGUGGACCUGUUAUUCUUCGGUUAUCUGCUUGGGGUGCUCGUUUACUGUUCAGUUCAAGUUACAAGGGCAAACUUUUUGUGGAUUUUAUCCCUGAUCUGCAUGUGGAAACUUUGAAGUCAAUUCUUUCUCAUCACAAGCUUCAAUAUGCGAAACAAAAGGUACUUAAUUCAUGUCCUCCUGAAUUUGGCCUAACAAAAAGAUUUUGGAGCUAUGUGCUGGAAAGACAGGGUUUAAGUGGAGAUGUCUUGUGGGCUUCUAUGUCAAAUAGUUCAUUGAUGUCCAUAGGUUCUUUAUUAAAGGACUGCAUAUUUGAAGUGACAGGCAAGGGUCAAUUUAAGGAUGAAUUUGUUACUGCUGGUGGUGUUCCCUUAUCAGAGAUUUCGCUUAAUACAAUGGAAAGCAAAGUUUGCCCACGUCUAUUCUUUGCUGGAGAGAUUCUGAAUGUUGAUGGGGUAACUGGUGGUUUCAAUUUCCAGAAUGCAUGGUCAGGAGGAUUUAUUGCAGGAACCACUAUUGGUGGAUUAGCACUUGAAUCUUGUAUAGGUUUAAAGUAAAUGCUAAUUUGCAAAUUGCAUGCUUUUGUUGGCAACUUGGUUUCUCUUUUCUGGGUGCCAAUGAGGACAAGUACUGCAUUUUGCUUUAUUUUUAGCAUAAGCAUAGUUUAGUGGACGAGAUUUGAUACCAAAUCCAUUUAUUG